AUGUACUUCAACCCACCAGCUGCUGCUGCUGCUGCCUCUUCUUCGGCCAAAACACAUCAAAACGUGAAUCGAUCUGAAGAAGAAUCGGAGAAAAAUCAAGACAAAGGCAAGCAGAAAGAAAUCGAUCAAACUCGACAUGUUUAUCCUGCUCAAAAUCCAUUUCAAAUGUCUGCUUCUUUGCAACAACGAUCAUUGAAUUCAUUUGCGCAGCCUUCUAGUUCAUCAUCAGCAGUAGCACCAGUAGCACAAGCACCGGCACCGACGACGUUUGCACAAUCUUUCUUACCAGUCGAUUUCUCACAAUUGGCAAACAAUCAACCAUCCAGAAACCUAGAUCCUUUCAUCAUCGACGAACCAAGUCUGGAUGCAUUGAUUAAAGUCAAACGAUUGAUGGAAAAAUCAGACGUGACUUGGAAACAAAUUUACGCUGAAAGACAAAAGCAAAGAGAGAUGAACAGUAGUAGUACAAACGAAGAUUCGGAUCCGUUUCCAAGCAAUGAUUUGCAAGCAAAUCAAUUUCAACUGGAUCCUUCAAAUCUUUCUUCAGAUACAGGUGAAAGUCAAUCACUGGAUCAAUCGUUCAAUGGAAUGAUUCCUAACAAUCUUGGGCAGUAUCCUAUCCUGCAUACCCCUCUUCAGCCGGGUGCUGCUGCUUUGCUCAAUAUGACAGAGUCAUUGGAUCUCUCUUCAACUGCAUUACAGCCAGAGAACUCAAAUCAAGCGUACAAACCCACAAAGAUGACAUUCUCUGAUCCUUUCGCCUCAGACAGAGCAGGAAAAGAUGUUCAAACACCUGCAAAGAAUGCCCCGGAAGUGCAAUUGCAAAAGAAUGCUGCAGAAGUACAAGGAGAAGGAGAAUCUUCAGGCAUGGUAAGCAACACGUCAAAGAGGGCCUAUCCGAUCAAUCGAACAGAUCAAUCUCCAAAUGAAGAUCCAAUUGGAAAGCGCGAAAGACGUGCUGGGGAACCAGAGUCUGAUCAAAUGGAAGCAGAGGGAGAAAUCGAAGUGAAUAGAAUUGAAGAAGUGGCGGUCAUGAACUCGAACUCAAGCCCACAACGCGGUAGACGAAGUUCGGUCAAAGGAAGAUGUAAUCGCAGUACAGGUGGCACUCAACGCAAAAGCCUUCGUCCGCGUGCUAAUAAAGCGAAAGAAGCAGCGUCCAUCGUCGAAUUACCCGCUUCGAGAGAGCACAGGUCAUCACAUCCAGAAUCUUCUUCUAGUGCAGUAGCAGAGCAAGAUGCAAACAUUCCGACUUCUGAGCCGGAUGCAAUUGACGUCGGAUCCCAAAAAGCACAGAAAGCUGUUGGAGAUCUUAUGCGACAACAACAAUUGUGGCAGAAUGUGGUAAGUAAUUUGAAAAUUUCAUUGAGGGUAUGUAACUUAAGAUUGUCACGUAUUGGUUUGCAGUUGGAAGAAGCACAAAGAGAUACGGUGGAAAAACAAAAGAUGCAACAUUUUCAUGAAGUUGAACAAUUGGUGAGACAUGAUAUGGCAUUGAAUAUGCAACAAGCAGCUUCACAACUAUGGAUGCAAAAUUCUGUUUCACAUGGAGGUCAAUUGAUUUCUUCUUUUGCACAGCAGCCGAGCUCUCUCACUACUGAAUCAGCUCCUUGGGUUUUCAAUCAGCCCGUUUACAACACACAGAUUCCGAAUGUUUGGCCAGCUCCAGUGCAAAAUGCACCAGUUUCGAUGCCUUCUUCCGAUAGUACCGAUAGCACUUUUGCCAGUCAGUAUCUCGAGUAUGCACCGGGCCAGUUUCAGCAAAUUCAGAAAUCGUAUGCAGCUGGUGCUGAAGUGGGAAAUGCUAGCAUGGAAAGCUUGCGUGUGACUUUGAAACAUCCGACGGAAGUAAAUAUCGGCUCUUCUUCUUCUUCAGAUGCAGCUUCAGUCUUGCCUCAGACAAAUCAACAAUCACAAUACACAUUCGCAACGGAAGACGGUAAGGCACCGUUAGGCAAUAAGCCAGCCUCCACGAUUGUUGCUCGAAACAGCUUGCCUUACCCGACGACCAAUCCGAAUUCACUUGUACCACAACAGCAACUCACUCCUGUUUCUGCUCAUCCAGCAGUCAGUCGAGCACAGAGUGUACCGAAUCGAACGACAAAGAUGCCCAGACCAACAUCUUCCAAGGGAACGCCAGGACCAGUAAAAGAUAUUCAUUUUAUUCUGACCGAUUACGGCAGCAACGGUGAUGUGACAUGGAAAGCAGAUGAUAAUGAACUUGCACAGCGUUUAGCAUCAAAGUUUUAUUUGCCCAAUCAACCGCCUUUUCCGAUUCGACCUUUGCAUGAGGGAGUAUUGCGCAGAAUUCAUGAUGAAUGGUUGCAUGCCCAUUCGUUCGCUUCCGAUGUGCUUAGAACUGGCGAUCAUGGUCUGCCAACAGCUUAUCAAGCUGCAGAAGGUUCACGACGAUACUUCCCACCAGUGGAAAUGUGUCCAGAUGCGGCAUAUUUACGUCAAGCAUGGCAAGAACUAGAAAGACGUCGUAUUUUGAAUCUUGCAAAUUUUCCGGAUGUGAUUGAACAACUUCGCAAAGAAGCAACAGAUGAAUUAAAGCGAGAAGCUUCACAACGUGCAAUGAUGAGUGCAACGAUGAUGAAUGUACUCACUUGGGCAAGCAUUGCUACGCAAGAACCACCAGCAGAAGCAGUUGAUGAUCGUGCAAGACUCAUUUGGGAAAGACGUAAGGCUGCAGCAACAUAUGCUGUUGGUUUGUUACGUCAGGCAGAGUACUGUGUUGCGGAAGGAUUUCGAGCCUUUGCCGUUGGACAGCCGACAGGACCUGAAAAAGAAGCGAAAGAAGUCAACGUUGCUGGACCAUCACAAGAUGCAUCAACUUCUCAUGCACCUCCCGCGGCAAAUCAAUCCCGCCACCAUCGUGACAAGUACGGUAAGAAGGGAGAAGCGCCUUCGAAUGUCUACAGUGCCACUCUCCCUCAUGGUGGUACAGGUAGUGACAGUGAUGCUGUACUGGCCAGUCCCUCAAUCUUGUCAAAUGCUACAUUCUCACCUGAAGCCAUCGUUCAAGUCAAGCGAAAUGCGCCUGAACGUAGAAGUUCAAAUGGAACGGAUAGUUGGGAUGCAACGAUGAUGCGCAGGAUUGGUUCAAAGUGA